AAACAAGAUUGACAGAAGUUCCAAUUCUUUGGAAGAAGCAGUACACGAUAAAUGAAAUAUAGAUUAUAUUUUGUUUUGGUGACAUGAUGCUGGCGACUAUGAACAAGUUUUUAACGAACGCAAAUACAAACAUUAAGGUGUACAUGCUGGCCUACCUAUUUCUGCUGAGUGUAAAGAGUUCUCUCGCUACAAUAACCUACAGCAAAGCUUCCCCGUACUGUCAGUGCUGUUCUGGACCUCCAGGUACCCCCGGGGGUCAUGGCAACCAGGGUCUCUCUGGACCCAGGGGCAUGACUGGAUUUAAGGGGCAGAAGGGGGAGAUAGGAAAUUCAGGAAUACCAGGUCCUCAGGGACCUACAGGAAAGGCAGGGGAUCGAGGCAGAAGGGGUAGAAAAGGACUGAAAGGUGAAUGUGGCGUCCGAGGAACCAAAGGGAUGCGAGGAGAGGUCGGCCCUUAUGGUGUCAUGGGUCAAAAGGGGUCAAAAGGCGAAUCUGGAGAGCUGCGCAGACAGGUGGCAUUUUCAGCCAGUAGGACGUCCCGACUUGGUCCAGUUUUAGAAAAUACCAUAGUGAUAUACGACAAUGUGUUCACCAAUCAAGGUGACAGCUUCGAUCCCUACACUUCCACUUUUAUUUGCAAAGUCAACGGCACAUACUUAUUUGCUGCCCAUGUUUUAUGUAACCUGGAUUCUGAUGCGUUCGGCUGGAUAAUGAUGAACGGAAAUUAUGUGAUCCCUAUGCAUGGCGACCAACGCGCUGGAUAUGGGACAGGCAGUAAUACCAUUAUUCUACACCUUGUGAAAGGCGAUCAUGUCUGGAUACAGCUGUCGAAAAACUCCUCUCUCCUUAACGACUAUUCAACAUUCUCCGGCUACCUGCUAUAUGCAGACUGAAUUGUUCAUUUAAAAUUGUCGUGGAAAUGUUCCUUAAGUCAACAACAUGAUAUUAUUUCUGCAGAAAGUGCAUCAGAAAACACAUUCAUAGUUUCUGCAGAAAAUGCAUCAUUAAAAGAUAAUUCAAUGUUUCUAUAGAAACGGGACCUGGAACUUAUGUAGUUGAUAAAUCUAAGUAACAAUGUUUAGAGUAUCAUUUAUAAUCUAAAAUCAGUCAUUAUUAUCAAGUUUAGUUCCAAAGCAAUUCAAAACAUAAAAACAAAAAGAGAGAAAAGAAUUGAAUUGAUUGAAAAAUCAUAAAAAUACUUGUUUUCAUGCAUCAAACAUAUUUGUUUGUCUUCAGCAGUGGGUUUGUCUCUAUACAGGACCAUAUUAUAAAAAAAGGUUUUAUAUGACUAUAAACAAUGCACAUGUUUCACAUUUUCAUAUGUUUCAAAAUACUUUUCAUGUUAAGAUUGUAAAGAAAUGAAAAGUGUAACCGUACAUUAACUUUGCCUGUUUCAUGAUAUCAUUAUCUCCCCUAAACCAUGCCAUUCAGUAAUAAUAUUAGAGAAUUACAAUUAUUUCUUUAAUUUCAAUUUCAGUUUGUUGUCAACUGUAAAAUCAAAUUUCAUUGGAGUAAAAUAAAUGUUGUGGUUUCUUUAC